CUUCCCUUCCUCCCCCCUCUCCCACCGGUAUCUUCGACCGCGGCAAUACCAGCGGCAAUCCGUCCGCCUGCUCUCUGCCGCGACCGCGUGCUACUCGACCCUCCCUCCCUCUCACUCGUGCAGACCUCUCAGGCGGCACCCUCCACUCCGCGUCGGGUACCUGGCCGCGCGCGGUGGCAUGCGCUGCUGAAUCACUUUCACUUAUGCCGUGCGCUGUGUUGGUUAUACUCGGUGCGCGCGAUCUCUCUCUCUUUCUCUCUCUUCCCCCUCAGUCUUUAUCUCUCUCUCUUUCUCGCCUCUCGUUGCCCGUCGGUAAAGGGACACGCGCGCCUUCUCUCUAUACCCACCGAAACGCCGAAGGAGCCUGACAGUAGUGCGCGCCUCGGCACCGUUCUCUCCGUGCACGGUUUCGCCCAAUUUUCCAGUCCACCGUCGUCGUCACGAACGUCGUCGUGGCAUCGUCGCGCGUCAUAGUCGUAAAACGUGUUGUCGCGCGCGAAACGAGCGUCGCUCCGGUUUUUUUUUUCACCUUUUGAAAACGCGCCCGCUAGCAGCAACGUGCGAUCGCGUCUCGCGUUAUCUCGGGACGGGAGUGCGCGACGUGUGAACAGAGAAGCCAACAGCAGCAUCAUCGUCGUCGCGUUUACAACGACAAUUCGUUAUACACCCUGGGACGCAAUCGUGGGUCGUCAUCGCGUCGUCGUCAACGACGUUGUUACCGCCGCACGCUCGCGGUGAUACGUCACGUAUGCCGUGUCCCGUAAAGGCGGCCUCCCCGGCAGUCUCUACCUAUCUACCUACCUACCUACCUACCUACCUACCUACCAACCUACCUACCUACCUACCUACCUACCUACCUACCUAUCUACCUACCUACCUACCUAUCUACCUACUCCAUGUACCGACCAUAGGGUGACGGAGGAGGGGAGAGCGGGCCCUUCGGGAAGGCAACGAGUCGAGAAGACGACUAGUCGUACGCAGAUACGCCAACUGUCAAGUCGUGCGGUCUCGGGCUCCGAUUUGUCGUCAUCGUGCGCGCAUCCAUCUCGCUCGUUUAUUCGUCAACUCACUCUCGUUUGUGUUGUGCCGGUACAAUAGUUAAUUGAAUUCAUAGUGUAUUCUCGCGCGCGACACGUUAGUUCUAGUGUGCUUUUGUAUACAAUCGCUAUCGAACGUAACGCGUCACAUUGUUGACAAUCGUUGACAUCGUACAGAUUGUCAUCAUUUUGCCAUCGUUUUCGCGUGUGUGUCCGUCUAUCUGUCCCGAGGUGCACGCCGGUAAUCGCGUUUCUCUCGUUCGUGGUGCGUGGACGGACGUAUUACUGUAAAACACGAUCUCAUCUACAUUGUGCACGGCGAUAAGGUUGGAUUACAGUGCGAAACGAGAGGAGACGGCACCUUGGUGUGUUGUUUACUGCUUUGUUCCGACAGUGUGUCGAAUGUUCUUCGCGCGCGAGCAUCGACAAUUAUAUUAUGAUCAUGUCUCGGACGUAGCCCCGUCAAGUCUUAGCGACGAGAUUCGUAUACGCAUACGUUUGGUGGUGUACGAUGAUUUUUCUCGAUAAAUCUGUGUAAUUCGUGAGAGAGAAAGAAAUAGAGAGAGGGUGACUCUAGUGAUCGAUAAAUAUUUUUCGUGCCACCGGGAAACCCCGAGUCCGAGAGAGUGUGUGUUUUUCUCUUCCCGUGCGCGCGGGAUAGCUGCUCCCACUUUAUCCCUUUGUGCCGAUUUGUUGUCAUCGACAUCGUCGUUAUCGUCGUCGUCGUCAUCAUCAUUGUCAUUGAUGGCGACGUCAACGGGUGCACCAGGUCGCGUUUCGAGAACGUUAAACGAUUGACGCGCUGUCAUCAAUCCUCUCGCCGGAGAUCUCGCUCGUGCGAUCGACGUCUCGCUAACGUGACGAACCCAACGGGGAAUAAGGGAUACGUCGAUGUAAUUUAUUAAUACUCCGGAAAUUGACGCGCGCAAUCGUACAUUGUAGUGUCCAGCGAGAAAUUCGGCAAAGAUUGGACGAAGUAAAGCGAACGAACGAACAAACGGCGGCAUCCGAGAAGAAGGCUCGAUAGCUAAUUUAUAUAUGUGCCGAUACACGUGCACGUCCCUCCGGCUUGCGCUGCUUCUCGCGCAAGGGUGAUAUGUUAUUGGAGAUGGAGCAGCAUUCGGGCCUGAUAUCCCUAAACAUGUCGCCGUUCCACCUGAGUCCGCAGGGCAGUCCGCAGGCUACCGGGCAGCAACCUCCGCAGCAACAACCGCAGCCGCAUUAUGGCUCGUCGCCUUACGGUAAUUGCGCGCAGAGUUCGCCGUCGCCCAUGUGCCACCAGCAGCCGCAGACUCAGUCGCAACAGCAACAAAUGUCCGCGCAUGGCCAGGCGGCGCAAUCGCAGGGCGGCGGCAUGUCGAACUUUGAAUCCAAUUUCUACGAGGUUGCCGAGGAUAACCGAUGCCCCAUGUGCGGCCAUAAGAAUAUGUCCAAUUAUCAGUACGGCCUGUUUACGUGCGAUAACUGUAAGGGUUUCUUCAAGCGCAACAGUUCGCCGUGUAGCAGCAAAAAGGUCUACGCGUGUCUUUUUUCCCCUACGGGGGGUGGUAAUGGCGGCGGCGGCGGCGGCGGCGGAGGUGGCAGCGGUAACGGUGGCUGCGGCGCGUCCUCGCCGUUUGAGAUUUGCGCCAACAAGAAGGUGUACACGUGUCUGUUCCCGCCAACAGGAGCCGGAAGCGGCAACGGCGCCUGCGGCGGUACGUCCACCGGUCUGGAAGGUAACGGCGGAGGUGGAGGUUACACUGGCAGCAGCGGCAACGGCAGCGGUGCGGCCACUGUCGCCGGUGGUCCAGGCGCGGCUAACGUCGCGAUCAGCGGAGCAGGCGGUGGCGGAGGCAGCGGAGGCGGCAGCGGACCCGGCGUCGCCGCAUCGGGAAGCGGCAACGUCGCCACCGGUGCGGUUCCUACCGGCGGUACCCUAUGCCAUCCUGGACUAGGCCAGGUCGGCGUCGUAACGGGCUCGAUACCGUGUCCGUCCGAGUUUCCGGAUACCAAGGACAUCAUCAUCGAAGAGCUGUGCCCGGUUUGCGGCGAUAAGGUGUCGGGCUAUCAUUACGGUUUACUCACGUGCGAGUCCUGCAAGGGUUUCUUCAAGCGCACCGUCCAAAACAAGAAGGUAUACACCUGCGUUGCCGAGAGAUCCUGCCACAUCGACAAGACGCAGCGGAAACGAUGUCCCUUCUGCCGUUUUCAAAAGUGCCUCGAGGUCGGCAUGAAGCUCGAGGCUGUGCGAGCAGACAGGAUGCGGGGAGGUAGAAACAAAUUCGGACCCAUGUACAAGAGAGAUAGAGCGCGUAAGUUGCAACUUAUACGUCAACGACAAAUGGCCAUUCAGUCGAUACGCGGCAGUCUUGGCGACCCAUCCAGCUAUCCGCCCGCGGUGACGCCGUUGCUGCACAUCAAGCAGGAGAUCCAAAUACCUCAGGUCUCGAGUCUGACCUCGUCACCGGACUCGAGCCCGUCCCCCGCGACCGUGGCCGCUGGCCUGGUCACGACGCAGGCCGGCGGAGCCGGUCAGCACCAGCUGAUCGCGCCGUCCACCCAACCCAACAUCGGCACCAGCAGCGGCGGCGGUGGCGGUGACGGCGGUAGCAAUCACCUGCACAAUCUCAAUCCUGGUCUGGAUAACAAAUCCUGGACCGCCAACUCCACCUCCUCCGGGACGAAGGUCUUCAACUUCGGCGAACAGUCCGCGCAGCCUCACGGCGGCGGGGUGGCGGGCUACGCGCCUAAUCCCGCCGCCGCCGCCGCUCUGAAAACGGUUAGUCCGAUGAUAAGGGACUUCCUGUCAUCGAUCGAUGACCGCGAGUGGCAGACGUCUCUCUUUGGACUCUUACAAAACCAAACGUACAAUCAGUGUGAAGUGGACUUGUUCGAAUUAAUGUGCAAAGUGCUCGAUCAGAAUCUGUUCUCGCAAGUGGAUUGGGCUAGAAAUUCGACGUUCUUCAAGGAUCUCAAGGUUGACGAUCAAAUGAAGCUACUACAACACUCUUGGUCGGAUAUGUUGGUGCUAGACCACCUUCAUCAAAGGUUACACAACAGUCUACCCGACGAGAUGACACUUCAUAAUGGCCAAAAGUUUGAUCUCCUUUGCCUCGGCCUACUCGGAGUUCCUGCCUUGGCCGAUCUCUUCAAAGAUCUAUCCAAGAAACUUCAGGAACUAAAAUUCGACACCUCCGAUUACAUAUGCAUGAAAUUUCUAAUGCUGCUGAAUCAUGAUGUCCGUGGACUAGUAAACAAAAAGCAUGUGCAAGAGGGUCACGAGCAGGUUCAACAGACGCUUAUGGAGUAUACGCUAGCUUGUUACCCAUCUCUACCGGAUAAGUUUAACAAGCUGCUAGCAGUAUUACCGGACAUCCACGAGGUGGCAACUAGAGGAGAAGAGCAUCUUUAUCAGAAGCAUUGCAACGGAAGCGCACCGACGCAAACGCUUCUCAUGGAGAUGCUUCACGCCAAGAGGAAAUGAAACGAUCGGUUUUUCUUGGUAAUUUUUGCCAUCGAAUAUAAUUCGUUGAUAUAUAUAUAUAACGAAAGUCCUGUUAGUGCCCCUAAUCGUGAGACAGAGUGGACCUCAAAGUACCUAUUAAGAGCUAAAAUGCUGCUAAGGUAUCGGACCAAGUUAAGGGGCCCUGGUUCAAGAUAUACCUAUGCAUACAAAUCAAGUAUAGACGUACACAUACUUUACAUAUAUAUAUACACAUAGUAUAUGUAUUAUAAAGUGUAUUUAAAUAUAUAAACACAAUGACAUAUAUUUUCUAUAUUUGAUGUUGAAGUUUUAGAGAUGUAUCCGUGAAGAAUUACCCCUGUUGGCGGGUACAAGAGCAGGGAAACAGUAAGCAAGAUGCCUUGAAAACAGUACAAAGGGUGGUUAAACAAAAAAAAAAAAUAUUGGUCAAAGGGCAGGCAACUUUUGUCUAAAUAAGUAAAGCUAUUUUUCUAAUACUUAGAAGCGAAUUUAUUUUUAAGCAUACCACACACACCACUGAAGCCUUGCUCUCACUCAAACGAAAUAUAUAUCGUACUACUGCUAAAGAGAAUCGAAAUCUCUCCCUCUCUCCAGAUCAAUCGUGCUUCUGCAAGGGAUUCAAUGGGCAUACUUGAAUGACAAUGAACUUGUAUUUGAUAUACAUAUGUGUUUAUCGCACGGCCACCUGGGCAUCCUUAGAAUUUCCUAUAAAAAAAAAAUCUGCAUUUUGUCACACUUGCACACAGCAGGGCUACUAUACUGUAAAUACUAGUUAACACAUUCCAAUUAUGUUGUAAAGUACGGAUCAUGUUAAAUAUGUAAUUAUAAUAUUUUGUGUAUAGUUGAAUAAUGAAAUGAAAUAAAUAUAUUUCUGUUGCUUACUCUUGAGGAAAAAUCAUUAGCUACUUAAUGUCUUCACUAAUUUUAGAAUCUUAUUCAUGUAUCUUCUUUAUUACUUUUCAAAUAGGUGGCGGAAAGGAAUAACUACAAAUUGCGAUAUUUUACUACUGUAUGUUGUACCAUAAUAAAGAUUCUGUUUUAAGAAAUAAAA